AUGUGCGAUGAUGCCAGGUGUCACAAAGAGGAACAAAUGUCUAUUUGUGUACGGUAUACAAAAAAAUUUAAAGUGUUUGAAAGGUUUUUAGGAUUUUUAGAUGUUUCCCAAAAACAAGAUGCUGAGUCUCUUACAUCAGCUAUUUUAAACUUCCUUGAGCAAUCAAAUAUCCCAAAUAUUCCAAUUGUAGCCCAGUCCUAUGAUGGAGCAGCUGUUAUGUCUGGUAAAAGAGCAGGAGUGCAAACUAAACUAAAAGAAUAUUACCCAAGUGCCGUCUAUGUUCAUUGUAUGGUUUGUAGAAUUAAUUUAGUUGUCAUAGACAUGUGUAAAAGUAUCAAGGUACCUACCUAA